AUCGCACUUAUCACACCGAGUGGGAAUAAGAAUUACGAAAACAUGUUUUAUCAUUAGUUUAGUAUUGAAAAAGUGAAUCUGGUACUAAAAAUUUAAGUAUCUGGUAGCCUGUUAAUAACUCUGUCAACGCUGGUGCCGUUGCAAACAUCUGAUCAGACAAACAACAACAACACGGCUCACUCAAAAGCUCAGCUGGAUGGUGACACAAAAAAACAACACCUGAUAACAACUACCACUGACGGGGCUCUAGAGGCUGUGGCCCCACAGCCUAACUAGGUCCAUAAAAUACCCAAGAAGAAGAAGAAGGUUCAGGAUUCUUCACACAACAACAGCCACAAUUUCACAGGCCAACCCUAGAGGACCUGCUGGGCAGCGACACUCCCAGCCCCGACACAGCCUUCCAAGCCCUCAAGUGUACGCAGACCUUCCUGCAGAAGUCGGGGCAACUCGAUAGGAUCUAACCAUCACACCGGUGACAGAACGACAACCAAAAACAACACCGGAUAGCGACUACUACUGACGGGGCUCUAGAGGCUGUGGUCCCAUAGCCUAACUAACCCCAUAAAAAAAACAAGAAGAAGAAGAAGAACAGCCACAAUCAAGCAGCACUACCAAGGCUCUAGAGACCGUGGUCCCAUAGCCUAACCACUCCCCUAAAACACUGGAAGAAGAAGAACACGGCAGAAAGUAAUGACCAUUACCUAUGAUGGUAUCUCACCUAAGAGGGAGUGCUGGUACCUUCCUGCUGGUGGUAACCAUCUUUGCUGUAUCUGAUGAGUCUACAGAUGAUGGAGGAUGGAUAACACAUCCAGGGGACAGAUUAGUUCAACCAGGACCCUGUAACAUUGCUCAGGAAGACAAGACACUCAAGCAGGAUGACUUUCUUGAAAGAUAUGCCUACAAUCAACCAGUAGUUAUCAGGGGAAUGUCUGAUAAUGAGUUAUUCCAGACUUUGACCAGGAGAAAGACCCUGUUGGAGGGAUAUGGACACAUGACUGUCCGCCUCAGCUCUGCUAACAGCUACAGCUACCAAAAGCAGGACACCACCCUUCGCCAUUACUGCAACAACUACCUUCACCCACAGAGCCUCAAUACCCUUGGCAAUGAAACCUUUUACCUCUUUGGUGACAAUGCCCAUGAGGGGUGGGAAGACCUGCUUGAGAUGUACAACAAACCUCUAUACACCUUGCCAGGCCACCUUCCAGCACUGAGUUUUGGAAUAGCUGGACCUGGCUCUGGUGUACCCUUUCAUUUCCAUGGUCCAGUAUUUGCUGAAACAAUCUGGGGAAGGAAACGAUGGUUCAUAUACCCUCCUGAUGUUAAACCAAGCUUUCACCCCAACCACACAACACUGCAUUGGUUGAAAGAGGGCUACCCAAAAGUUAAAGAUGAUCUGAAUCUUUAUGAGUGUACACUGGCUCCUGGGGAGAUCAUCUAUUUCCCUGACAAGUGGUGGCAUGCAACCCUCAACAUUGACAGCAGUGUAUUUGUGUCCAUAUUCUUGAGUCCAUAGUAGGUCAACUUCCUCUCUACUUACAUUGGAAUGGAUGUUCAUAUGGUAACAUAGAAAAGCUUAAGAUGGUGCAGACAAGACACAAGCUUGUCGAGUCAGGUCCAGGGUUAAUUUCCAGCAGGUUCUCCGUGUGGGUGCCUGGAACAUCCUGACCCUCUCAGAUGAUCAGUGGUCAGCCAGUCCUACCAGGAGGGACUUGGGAUGGAUAGGGCAGCUGCACAGGGGGACCCAGGAAUGUGGACGGCUAGUGAGUGAAGCGACUUGCCCCUGGACGUAUGCUCCCCAUUAGUUAGUUAGUUAGGAAAAGUGGGUCUCUCAGGUGUGGAGAUGCUAUGAUUGGGCAGUACAACUGUAAUUUGUGAUAUUUUAUAUUAAGAUUCUCUCUCUCUCUCUCUCUCUUUCUCUCAACAUGACUUUGAGAUGUGGCAGCAAUCAAAGGGUACCGAGAGUCUGGGUGCUUCUCUUUGAGUGUUGCUGCUGUGAUGGAUGGAUUUAACAAUACUUAUUGCUGUAAAACAUUAUCGGUAGCAGUUGGGGAAGUCUUUCUGUUACCUACAUAUCCCUUCAUUGCCUGACCCUUGCCUGCAGGGAGAGACGCUACCUCCUGAAUGUCACGAGCCUUGAUAUACUUGUCAUGGGCCACGUGGCUAACACACUACCCAAGUUCCAUCAUUGCAAAGGCACUUUUUGCUUCCUUUCCAUUACCUGCUUGCAGUAAACUAGCAUAUGGAGAGAAAAUUAGUGUAAACCAAUUAUCUGGGGGUGGAGGGGGCCCUGACUCCAUUACUCGCUGUGCUGCUCUCUUUAUUGUGUUAACACACACACACACACACACACACACACACACACACACACACACACUAUUGCUGUGCAAUUCCAAGGUAUUAUGAAGAUAAGUCAUCAAUAAUUAAAGUUCAAUAACAUUUAAUUUAAUUUAAAUAUUUAUUGUUGAUUUAAAAAAAUAAUACAGUAAAAUACUAAGGCCAUGUAAACGUGUUUCAUUUUGCUUGAGGGUCAAAAUAGCUAGGUAGGUUUAUGGUACCCAUGAAAAUGAACAUUUUGCAACCUUAUACAUUAGGCUAUUAAAUAAAGAUGGACUUAUAACUCAACCUAGAGGAGUUUCUAGCUGAAGAGCCUUCACAUGAGCAAAUAGUAACCUAACCUAUCACCGCUGAAAUAGUAAUAUUACCCUGCAUUUUAAAACCUCAGAAACGAGUAAUAAUAAUAUGGAAACGGUUACCAGUGAUGAUUAGCAAAUGCAAUCUAAGCAAAUAAUGUGUUAACUUUUAGAGUGAGUUGGGUGUGAUUCUAGUUUUACCAAGACAUAUGACUCACCAAAAGCUAGCUUCUGUUCAUCUAAACUCUUGUAACAUGUCCAUCUAUUAGACUGUGGCCUUGAUGAGACUGUGAAAUAUCCAUUGCAAGUCUGUAAUAACAGCUAGAGCCAUAAGGGCCACAGCUUCCCUCAUCAGCUUCGAUGUCUGGACCUGGGGUGAACGAUUGUUUCACUCCUUGUAGCUGUGCCUCUCUCACAAGACACACAAUGGCAGUGUGUGUCUUGCUGUCAUGACUGAUGGUUUCCUCCCAAGACGACGGACUGUUACUUAGUUUAGUUUACCUCUCUCUUCUCAGUGGCCUUGCAGUUAAAAUAUACAUUUUGUGUUCCCUCUGUGUCAUGUUGCUACAGCCAAAGUCGUGUCAUGUGAAACAGUGCAGUGAAAGGUGAUGGUCUUAGGAGGUGGAAGCAUGCGAUGGAGUGAAAGAGUACUUUGGAGUGGUACAGGGAAAAGGAAGCCCCGCAGUGUGUCAGCUGGUAUGAUGGAAGCCUGGGUGGUGAUCUUCUCUUCCAAGGUCGAGUGCAGUGUAUGAAUGUGAAUGCAAGAAAUUACAGGUGGUCUGAGUCCCGCACCAAAGUGUGUCAGAUGUGUGACAGGGGUGUGGAUGAAACUGUCGUGCAUGUGAUACUGGUGUGUGGGAGGUACCAGACCCAGAGGGAAAGGACGGAGGUGACGAGGGUGGCACCGAGUGAGAUGGGCUGGGAUGUGAAUGGGAGGAUUGCAAGGACAGAGACAGGGAAUGGAUGUUCUUGUUGUUUUGGGCCGCCAGCAGCGUGGGCAGGUCAAAGGUGGGCGAGCGGAGUCCAUAUGAUGACUGUGACAAGGAAACAUUAGAACAUUUUAUUUUAGAAUGUACAGGAUAUGAUGAUAUAAGAAACAAAUUUAACGUACAACUAACUUCUCAUAACACAAAAAAUAAUAGCAGAAUCACUACUUUUUGAUGAACAAAGAAUCAAAGAUAUACAAGAAAAAGAAUAUAUUAAAACUAUCUGAAAAACAAGACAGAAAACUCAGGAACUGCAGCACAACUAAAGAAACGUGGGAGCCGAUGCCAAGGUUUAUCCCACGCCUACUACUGAAACUGAACGUCCACGGCGCGGAGUUGGUGUCUUAACGCGAGUGGUGGCGUGGGCAGUGCAGCAGGGGGUGCUCAAUGGUGUCCUCGCCGAUCCUGCAGCAGGCAGUGAGGGUCGGGACGAGGCGCAGGCGGUGGAGGCGAGCGCCGAGUCGUGUGUGGCCCAGGCGGGGACUGAGCGUUGAAGCAAAUGAUAGAAUUAUAGAAGCCAUGAAGAGUUUCCUGGAAAAGACGUGGUGUGUAAGAAAUAGGGAAUAGGAUGAUUUGUAAUGGAUACUGCUUGUUUUAUUUUUAUUUUUACAGGUUGUGCCGAUAUGAAGGCCUGAUGACUCUCCAACGGGUCACCUGUACAGCAAGAGCAAGAGCCGUAGGGACUGCUAAAUUUUUUUGUCGCAUCUUUCCCUCCAAGAUCUAUUGCUCUUACAAUGUUCUCACACAUGAAAUAAAGCAGACAGACUGAAUUAAUUUACCUUUGGGAAAAGGUAAAACCUUCCGAAGGAAUUUCAUGCAGAUCUACAGCUUUAGGAUAUAGGCCUAUGCAUUAUGAUAUGCUACCAGUAAUAGCUAAUAG